AACUGUAUUUACUUCUUCUUGAGUCCCUUACAUGAAUGAAAUUCAACCAUCACUAGUUAAGAAAGAAAAAGGAAAUAAAGAAAAGUGACCAACCACUCUUUCUUCCUAGUUCCUACAUCUUCUUCUCAUCUCUUUCUCUCUCUCAAUUGUUGCUUUACAAAGGGAUCCCAAUGCUGUUGCACCCCACCAACCGCCAUUGCUUCAGACAGAAGCCUCUUAUCCAUUAUCCACCUAUGACCCCAUCAUCAAAGUACUGAUUACUAGAAGAAAUAUAAAUUGGAGAUGGAAGUGAGUAAAAGAAGAGGAGGAACCAGAGGGAGUGUAGUUGCAGGGUCUGUGUGGGAGAGCAGAAUGAAGAGUGAUGAAGUUAGAGGAGGAUUCAAAGUUUUCAAUGCAGAUGAAAAUGGUGAAGAAGGAGGUGGAAAUGGAGGUUCCAGAUUCAGAAGAACCUCAAUUGGAGCUGGAGGUGCUACUGUUGCUUCUUCUGGGAAGAGGAAAACUUGGAAACCAGAGAGCUCUGUUUCUGAGGGUUUGGAUAAGAACAGGGGGAAAACAGAGAUCCAGAAGAAUUCUGAUGAACAGUGUAAGGAGCUGAGCAUUUCUUCUUCUGAUGGAAAUGGAAUCAUGAAGAGUCCAAUUCAAUCCAGAAAGAAUGGUGCUUCUUCUGCAGAUAAACUUGGGAGGAGUCCAAUUCAGCUCAGGAAGCUGAGAUCUAAUACACAGAAGGGUGUGGCAGAGCUUGGCAGAGAAGGUGCAGGGCAAUUGAGGAAAUCCAAAUCAGAUUCAAUCAAGAACAAUGAUGCUUCUGGGUCUGCUAAUAAUUCAAUUCAAUUGAGGAAGGUGAAAUCUGAGGUGGAUCAGGUUCCAGAUGAAUCAAGCAAUGGGGUUGAUGGAUCGGAUGGUGGGUGUGAGACUGAGAAGAUUGAAGUUGAGGAUGAGGUAUUGAAUGAUGAUGAUGAAAAUUGCAAGGAUUUUGAUGUGUGCCAAGACAAGGUGAUAUCAAGCAAUUCAGACAAUGCAGGUGUGGUCCUAAGUUUACCUGAAUUGUCGGUUCAGGUUGGUGGUGAUUCAGAUGAUGUUUCUGUUGAUGAAGAAGAUGAAGAGUGUGAAGAGGAGGAGAUGGAGGAGGAGGUGGUGGUGGAGGAUGAGGAGAUUGAGAUUGAGAUGGAGGAGAGCUUUGAUGUGAAGGAAAUUAGCAUUCCAGAAUCCAAGGUUGUGAAGGAACCAGAAAAUAGUAAGGUUUCUGUGAAUGAACCAGACAAGAAGAUGGUUAUUAGUGAACCAGAAAACAAGAAAGUUGUCAAUGAACCAGAACCAAAGAAGGUUGAGAAUGAACCAAAACCAAAGAAGAAUGUGAUAGAAUCAGAACCUAAGAAGGUUGUGAGUGCCCACAUGCGAUUUCAUCACAGAAAUGAAAGAAAACCAGUUUCUGUCCCAGUUGCAUUGAAGCCAUCUCCAACAGUUAGAAGGAAUUCCACAAUUUACCAAAAUUUCUCUGAGCCUAAGUCAAUUCCAAAAGCAGAAGAAUACUAUGGUGAUUCAGUUCCACCUUGCUUUCCACAAACUCAAAGCAAACUGCAGAGUCUAGUGGAUUUAAUCAUGUGGAGAGAUUUUUCAAGAUCAACAUUUAUCUUUGGGAUUGGAACAUUCCUUAUAUUCUCAUCUUCUUAUGCAAAGGAUAUCAAUCUCAGUCUUAUUUCUGUGAUAUCCUAUAUAGGCCUUGUCUAUCUUGCAGUUAUCUUCCUCUAUAGAGCCCUAAUUUGCAGGGGAGUCAUAGAAGUAGAGGACUCAAAUUAUGUGCUGAGAGAAGAUGAUGCAAUAUGGAUGCUAAGAUUGAUCCUCCCUUACUUGAAUGAAUUCUUGUCAAGACUAAAAGCCUUGUUUUCUGGAGAUCCUGGCACCACAAUAAAGCUGGCAGUUCUCCUCUUUGUUUUGGCUAGAUGUGGAAGCUUCAUAACUAUUUGGAAGAUGGCCAAAUUCGGCUUCUUUGGUGUUUUUACCGUACCAAAGAUCUGCUCUUCCUAUUCUGCACAGUUAACUGCAUAUGCAAAUUUUUGGAUUCGUCGAUUCCGGGAUGCAUGGGAUUCAUGUACUCACAAGAAAGCCGUAGCUCUUGGAAUCUUUGGACUUGUAUGGAAUUUGUCAUCAGUUGUUGCUCGCAUUUGGGCAGUCUUUGUGCUAUUUGUGGCAUUCAGAUAUUAUCAACAACACUAUCUGGUGAGAGAUGAGUGUGUGGAGGAUGAAGCAGAAUGUGAUGAAACAUGGCAAGAACCAGUUGGAGUUAGACAGAAACAAGGACGCGCAGCAAACAUUGUUGGUACCAAUAAAGUAAAGAAAGGAUUCUAAAGGGGUGUGUUGAUGGUGGUGGUACCACAUUUUUAGCAGGCUUCCCCAGUUGCAUGCACCCUGCCAUGUCCCUCCCUUUAAAGCCUUUUAUUUUUUUUCUUUUCACAUUAAAGUGUCUCUCUUUCUCUCUAUAUAUAUAGUUCUCUGCUGUAAAUUUUCUUUAGUUAUCAUAAAGGUAAAUUUAGUUUAAUUAACAAAUCUGUCAGGGUUCAAUAGGAAAGGGGAAUAAGGGUUUGGACUUUUGUGUUCUUAUAAUUAGCAUUUAGUUAUAGUAAUUUGUUUUAAUCAUGGUGCUAAUUCUCAAA